AUGGCUACGGCGAUCAGAAAGCCGCUGAAGGUUGAUGCCCCCACAUUGAACAUGACUCGACCUUCGGUGGCUAGAUUUUGUGUGGAGGUGUAUUUGACAAAAGAGCUUCCAAAAUUGGUAAACGAGGAAGAAAACACGAGCAAUUCUUCACAUAUGAACAUGUUCCCUUCUAUUGUUCUAAGUGCUUCAAGAUUGGUCACAAAGUCAAGGAUUGCCGUUGAAGAAGGGGAUGAAUGGCAAAUAGCAAUUGGAGGAUCAUGGAAAGAAGGGAUUGCAACCAGCGCAGCUGCAAGCUCCCCCCAAGGAAGUAUUGCAGAAACCCUAGUCACAGGCCACGAUCAAGCCUGCGGAAACCCUAGCUCUAUGAGCUUUGAUGCCUGUUUGAAUGAUGUAGCACCACCUCCAUCUCUGCCAGAAUUGCUUCGAAUCUCUGUCGUAGAACAUAAACCCCCUCCAGUAGUAACGCUCCAAACCUCUCCCCAACAGGUGGUGUUACAAUUGGAGACCAUGCAACCGCAAAAAACCCUAGAGGCACGGAGUGAUAACCGCUUUGCUUUGUUGAGUAUGAUUGAUGAGGCCGACUGUAAGGAUGUAGAAGAGGAAGAAGAUGCUCAGAUUGAAAAUGUAUAUGUUGGAAAUAUUGAAAAAACCACCUCUGUUGAAGUGGAAAAUGCUUUGCAACGGUUGGACAGUGAAGACCCUUUGCGAAUUGGGAAUUCUUCGGAUGAUGGAACUGUUGGUAUGAACUUCGAUUUCUUGGAGUCUGACAUUGGAAAUCAUGCCUGCUGGUCGGAGGGGGAUAUGGAAAAUGUACUAAUUAAUGAUACGGAUAAGGGUUUAUUUCAUGAAGAUGUCAAGGUGUCACGUAAAAGAGGCCCGAAAUCAAAAGCCGAAAAGAUGGAGCAGCUCAAAGGGGUGAUCCUUAGACGAUCACUUAGAAGGCACCAACGAAGUGAACCUGUUUUUGACCCAGAAAUUGAAGCUACCACACGUAGAACCAGAGCAGCAAGAAGAAGGCAGAACCGGUUGCAACAUGACAACCAAGAAGGUUCAUCAGAAAUGGCUAACCAAGGUGGUAACCCGGAGAACAAUAGGAACCCUGGUGGGGAUCAACAAAAUCGACCAGAGAGAUUGCUUAGAGAUUUCUUCAUCCCACAGCAAGAAGAAGUCCAAUCCCCUUUAGUGUUCCUUGAUGAGCAAACAGUUGAAAAACCUGGAGUGGAGGAAAUUCAAUUCCCAGCACCAAUUAAGGAACCUCAACAACCAGCUCCAAAUCCACCAUAUCCAGAAUGGACAAGGUAUUUGCCACCCCCAACAGAUUUCAGAAAGUGUAACAUAAAAGGCCUCAGAGAACCUACUCCACCGCCGCCUCCACAACCACCAAGGGCUUUGCAAGAACAAGCCCUCAAUGCCAUCACCGAUGAGUGGGAGCCGAGGUUGUUUCCAAGAAAGAAGGGCUGGGAUUUCUUUUUGAAGCACAUACGCCGGAAAUUUAUUACCGAAAGAGGAAUCGGUGAAGACGGCUCAGCUUUCACCUAUAUCAAGCGCCAUGGAUGGGGGACCUUCUCCAACCCACCUGUCAAGCCUAGGAUCCAGAUUGUGCAAGAAUUCUAUGGCAACUUCCACACCGCCCCCAGAGACAGAGUAUUUGUCAGAGGCAUCAGUGUCAAUUGCAGCACAGAAGCUAUCAGGGCCAUCUGGAAGUUACCAAGAAUCAGCACUAAUUACAGGGAAACCCUUGCUGCCCUACAUCCAAAUCAACCACUGGAACAUGCCAUUCUGUCUAGAUUGGCAAAAGAAGGCACGAGUUGGGAGAUGGAUGAUCAAGAAAACUCUCUGGGAUUUCCAGCAAACGCGUUACAAAUGCCUUAUUUAAAUUUGUGGCACCGUUUCAUCUGCUGCAAUCUGAUGCCAACAUCCUACACCGCUAAGGUCACCUAUGAGAUGGCUCUGCUGCUGUAUGCCAUUGUCACGGACACACCAUUUGAUGUAGCCUCAGUCGUCCGAGAUCAGCUCACCCGAUGCAUCACUGAUCCAAAGGUGAAGAGCUGGUAUUUUCCAGUUAUGAUCACCAUGCUUUGCAAGAGGGCAGGGGUGACCUUCCUACACACAUACGCAGAGAGCAACUUCCAGCAACCAUUGAGGAUGCAUAAGUUACAGGUGCCUCAUCCUCAGGACAAGCAACAUCCACUCCCACUCCAGCUGGACAAUUGA